UGUAAUUGUGAAACCGGUACACGCGUUUAAGAAACAAAAAUGUGGUGAAGCACAGGCACACAGUCGAGAGUUUUAUCGUCUGUUACAAAGACACUUGCUGAGGUGUCCAUCACCAAGUCCUCCUGUAUGGUCUAUUCUCUCUAACUAACUUUCAUUAAUCACCGUUGAGGACUUUUACCGAAGACCAAUUUCCAGUAGCGUCGAAACAAUCGCAGCGGGAAGGAAACACCAGUUUGGUUUUUUUUUGGUGUCCGCUGUUGACCUCUCUGACUCUCUGAGAUGACUACUAAUCCUCCAGGACAAGCCUUCCCAAACAAGACCCGGGUGGCUAUAUUGGCAGAGCUGGAAAAGGAAAGGAGGCGACUGAUGCAGAGUCAGUCCAUGAAUACUCCUGGAGCCAGCAUCUCGCUGGCCCGGCCCAGUGUUAAGGACUUCAGGGACAACGCAGAACAGCAGCACAUCGCUGCGCAGCAGAAAGCUGCCUUGCAGCAUGCACAUGCACAUUCUUCAGGCUUCUUCAUCACUCAGGACUCCUCAUUUGGAAACCUCAUCCUCCCAGUUCUUCCACGCCUGGAGCCCGAGUCAUGACGUUUUACGUCCGAUCUACCUUCUGGUGUGAGAGGCGCAGCUUUGGAACAACCUGGGCACACACCACAUCUGUCAUCAUGGACAGCUGUUUGUGAUGUCGUAAAUGAUCUCAGGGGAGUGUUAAAUGACCUCUCUUAUAUUUUCACGACUAAGAAAGCUGGUUGCUGAUUUUUAGAAAACCCGCACAAAGGAUCAGAAGACUGUUCUACAUGGCCGUGAAACAUUGCAGUAAAGGUUAUAUUUCAACUGUUUUCAUUCUGCUGUGGAUAAUAAAAAUGUUGCAUACAUUAAAGAUGA